AGUUCAUUUUUUGGCACUCGGCGGAGCAGUUCACACUAAGUUUACAUAAGUCACUAAUAUGCAUAAUUUUCAACUGACCGUCGUUUUCCUGGCACUGUUCACUUUUACCAGUUCCUUUGGAUACCGUUCUGAACAUCCGCACAGAAAACCAAUACAUAGCAACCGUCCAUCUCCAACUACUACAAUGACAACAGAUUCAACUUCAACUAGCUUUAUGACAACAGAUUCAACCCCAAGUGAAACGGAAUCCACUUCGGAUACAUCUACUGAAGAAAGUACACAGAUUUCUGACUUCACCGAAAGUUCAACCGAAAGUUCGACGACAGCAAAGAUAUUUUUAAAGGACAAUGAGAUUUCAAAACCAGAAAACAGCAACACUUUACUUAUCAGUGUGUAUGGCAUUGUAAUUACCUUGGCUAUUUUAGUUGCUCUAAUAUACUGCAUUCGACGCCAUUAUGGUUCAUAUUCUGUGAAAGAGCAAUGCAAGCCCAUUGAAAGUACCGCAUAUUUUAAUAAUAUUAAAUAUUAAAAUCAUAUUUAAAUAAUAUUAUCUAAAAACAAGGAUUUAAAUAAUAACUUUCUUAAAAACAAAUUUGCAUCCACUAAGUAUUAAAAUAAUUUUUGGCACGAAUCUUAAAAUAUUUGAAAUAAACAUGACUCAUUUAUUUCCGAC